AUGGCUUGCAGCUUGCCGGGCAGUUGCUGGCAGAGGUCAGGCACCGAAGACAUGUCAGAGAGCGUCCGCAAGCUGCGGCACAACUUUCCGAUGUAUGACGACGAUGUGCUUGGCAGCCAUCUCCUCCAGGCGGGCAACGACCUGGAGCAAGCGGUGCUUUCCUUGUCAUCCCUAGAUGCAGAGAAGACGUGUUCCCUCAUCCCGCUGGAUCUCCCCUGCUGCCGACCUGACCGCAAGAGGUCUGGCAGGCCCCAGAAGAUCAUUGCGAAUGUCCUGGCCCGGACCGAUCAUGCUCACUUGCCGCUUUUCUGCUUCGUCCUGCUGAUUACUGUUUCAGAGUCCGAGAAGUACAGGCCCGGCCGCAUUGUGCGGCCAAUUCCCGAAGACAGGUUUCGCCUCCUGGGUGACGAGAAGGGCCACUUCUGGAAGCGGAUGCCUUCGGCGCUACCGGAAGUAGGUCACGUUGUUGAAAUCCAUUUCUAUGAGGAGGACACCGCGGACUAUCUGCAGGCUGCCCACGGAAACUAUCCACACCAGAAUGAGGACCUGCUCUGCACAUCCCUAAUCCUCCGAAGCCGUUGCAACUUGCAAAGAAAUGUCGUGGCCAGAGGUGCUCUUCUGAGUAUGGCCGUGGACCACGUGGAGCAGAGAUGGCCUUGGGCAAGGGGCCUCGGAAAGUUCAAGUCGGUUCAGCCAGGGAAGUUCAUCUGGUAUGUCUCUGCUCAGCAGAAGCACCUGCCGUCCGUGCUCGUGUUGCGGCAGCAUCGCCCCCAGGAGGUGCACUUCAAAUACCGGAGUGACUCUAGCGACAGGGUGUGCGUCGACUUUCCAGCAGGCCGACGUCGUCGCUUGUCAGACGUGGCCGUGACAGCAGCUGGAUUCAACAGGCACCCUCUAGACCUCAACGCGAGCUUCCAUCAAAAGGCCUCGGACGUAGACUUCCUGUUUAUCCUAGGCCUGGCGCGGGCGGAGCGGUGUGGCCCGGCAGGCUUCAAUCGCCUCGCGGAGUGUUCCGAAGCACACCAGCGGCGGCUCGAUCCUGAGGAUUACGAGGAGUACUGCCAAAUCCUACUCAUCGGCAUCAUUGAGCUGCGCAAAGUGCCUGAGUUUGAUGGCGCUGCCCUGGUGUCUCAAAGUGCCGCCUCUUUCAGGCCAGGUGGGAGCCACACUAUGACUGCGACUUCAGGGUCCACAUCUCGCCCGAAUUAA